CUUUCUCUCCUCUUCUUUUUAUUUGCUCUGUAAAAUAUUUUUAUUAUAUUACACUUAAUUAUCUCACUUUUGUAAACACCCAGUCAUGUCUUCUGCUGUUGCUGAUUUCGGCCUUAUCGGCCUUGCUGUCAUGGGUCAGAACCUGAUCCUUAACAUCAACGACCACGGUUUCAAGGUUUGCGCCUUCAACCGCACUGUCUCCAAGGUCGAUGAGUUCCUGGCCAACGAGGCCAAGGGCACUGAGGUCAUUGGCGCCCACUCUAUCGAGGAGUUUGUCGCUACGCUGAAGCGCCCCCGCAAGAUCAUGCUUCUUGUCAAGGCCGGCGAUGCCGUCGACAAGUUUAUUGAUACUUUGCUGCCCCACCUCGAGGAGGGCGAUAUCAUCAUCGACGGCGGCAACUCUCAUUACCCCGAUACCCAGCGUCGCUACGAGUCGCUGACCGCCAAAAAUAUCCUCUUUGUUGGCUGUGGUGUUUCUGGCGGCGAGGAAGGCGCCCGCUACGGCCCCAGCCUCAUGCCCGGAGGCAACAAGGAGGCCUGGCCCCAUCUCAAGCCCAUCUUCCAGGCCAUCGCUGCCAAGGCCCCCGACGGUGCCGCGUGCUGCGACUGGGUCGGCGAAGGCGGUGCUGGACACUUUGUCAAGAUGGUUCACAACGGCAUUGAGUACGGAGACAUGCAGCUGAUUUCCGAGGUCUACCACGUCUUCCGCAACGGCGUUGGUCUCACCAACGACGAGCAGGGCGAUAUCUUUGCUCAGUGGAACAAGGGCGUUCUGGACUCGUUCCUUAUUGAGAUCUCCACCGACAUCCUGCGUUACAAGGACACUGACGGCGAGCCCCUGCUCGAGAAGAUCCGCGAUGCUGCUGGCCAGAAGGGAACCGGAAAGUGGACCGCUAUUGCCGCUCUGGACUACGGUAUGCCUGUCACCCUUAUCGGUGAGGCUGUCUUUGCCCGCUGCCUGUCGUCGAUCAAGGACGAGCGCGUGCGCGCCUCGAAGAUUCUGGCUGGUCCCUCCAACAGCACCUACACCGGCGAUAAGGCCCAGCUGAUCAAGGCCUUUGAGCAGGCCAUGUAUGCCUCCAAAAUCAUCUCGUACGCACAGGGCUUUAUGCUCAUGCGCGAGACCUCGGAGCAGUUCAAGUGGAACCUUAACUACGGCUCUAUUGCCCUCAUGUGGCGCGGGGGCUGCAUCAUCCGCUCAGCCUUCCUCGGCGACAUUAAGAGCGCCUUUGACAACAACAAGGAUCUGGAGAGCCUGCUUUUCGACCCUUUCUUCCAGAAGGCCACUGCCAACGCCCAGGCCGGCUGGCGCAAUGCCAUCAGCACCGCCACUCUGAUCGGUAUCCCUGUCCCCGCGCUCAGCACCGCCCUGUCCUUCUACGACGGCUACCGCACCGCCCGCUUGCCUGCCAACAUGCUGCAGGCCCAGCGUGACUACUUUGGCGCCCACACCUACGAGCUCGAGGCCACACCUGGCACCUACAUCCACACCAACUGGACCGGCCGUGGCGGCAACGUCAGCGCCUCGAACUACGACGUCUGAUUUUUUGUUAUAAUCGUCUCUUUUCCAAACA